GUUUUUGUUGUCGAAAUAGCCCGGCAUUUAAAGAACACACGUGGUUUUAUGUUCCCGCCAAAAUUACAAAACGCAUGUUACGUACAAGAUAUUUAUAACUUAAUCUGCACAAAAUGUUUUGUCCCGCCGGAGAAAGUGGUUCUGAAAGCGACGAUUUUGACUUUGGAGAUACUGAAAUAUCUCUUCAAUCUUUAUCAAGUGAUAAUAAAGAAACAACAUUAGAUGAGGCGCCUGUAUCAGAGAAGCAGAAAACUCGUAAGUUAUGCAUUGUUGACGACACAAAAGAAGACACACAACAAAGCAUUCUACUUUUACAAGAUUUUCAAAAUGCAAUUAUUACUGGAAAUGUGCAGAAAGUAAAUUCUUUUUUAAAAGUUUGCCCAGAAUUAUGUAAUUCACCUUUAACCACUGGAUGGUUGCCAUUGACAUACGCUUGCUACUUCGGAAACCUGAACAUAGUUAGAACCCUGGUUGCAUUUGGAUGCGAUCGUUCGGUAACAGGGAGUGAUGGUUGCACUGCUUUAAUGGCAGCUUGUAAAAGUCAGAACUUAUCGCAAGAGUUGAAUGAUAUCAUUAAAUUAUUGAUCAGUUUGAAGUGCGAUGUUUUUGCUUGUAGUGCAACAUCCCAAAAUGCUCUUAUGUAUGCAUCAAAACAUGGAAACAUAAAUGCAUGUAUUCAGUUACUGGUUGAAAUGCUUGUACAAGAUCAGAAUAAAAUCAAUGCAAAAGAUAACAAAGGCUGGACAGCAUUAGAUUGGGCAAUUUUUAAAGGCAAUCAAGAGAUUGUUAAACGGUUACUUGAAAGUGGUGCAGAUAUUUGUACUUUUCACGAAAUCUCACAUUUUGCCGAAAAUUUGAUUGAGCUGCUGAAUAAAGUCAUGCCAUGCAAAUCAGAGGAUAAUGACAAAAGUGUAGACAAAAGAGAAUAUAAUACAAAUAAUGAAGAUAAAUCAUCACAAAUGCCCGAUAAAGUAAAUUCAAACGAAGACGCAGGGAUAGAUGUAAAUAAGCUGUGUAAUACUUCAUCCAUUUAUGAAAACAUAUUUGAUUCUCAAUCUGAGCAGCUAAAUGAUGAAAGCAAAAAUGAGGUUUACUUCCUUAAGCCUUCGGCAAAUGUUUCAGACCAAACCUUUCAAAAAUUUGGGCAGUUGGAGUUGUUUCUUUGUGGUUUAGAAUUGUCUCAUUUAAUCCCAUUGUUCUAUGAUCAUGAUGUCAGAUUUGAACAAUUGUUGUAUCUUACAAUAGAAGAUCUAAUCACCAUCGGAGUUUAUCAACUUGGAGCAAGGAAAAGAAUUCUUGAUUCUAUUAAAGACUGGCAUUCAAGCACAUGGAAAGAAGGAAGUCUUCCUAACUUAUCUCAAGGAUUAACAUUGGAACAACUAAGAUCUGUAAUUCAAACUUCUUCCGAACAUAUACUGUGCAUAAGCAGUGCUCUCAGGUAUGUAAGAAUUCAGAUGAAAUCUCAGCCCCAAGUUUUUAUCCCUUCAUCUUCUAUGUAUUUGGAAAAAAAUCCAAAAGAUGAAUUCGAAUUAAAGGUUGCUGACUUGUUGCAAUCAACACACAGUCUGUGUUCAUCAAUGAAGUCUUUGCAUUGUGAUUGGGUUCAACUUAGCAAGAACCAGUUUGUAGAUGUUAAAUACACACAAGUGGAUUAUAUUUCUAAUACAAAAACAAACAAUGGAAAAGGAAAAUACGUCUCAAUUGCUGUGAUUUCACUGAUAUUUGCUAUAUUAGCAAUAAACAGUGAAACGACUAGGGUAAGACAACUGACUAAUAAAAUAUCAACAACAGUAUUUCCCAAACUUAUACAAUGGAGCAAAGGGUGGAUGUUUUGAAGCAAAAUAAUGAACACUUCCAAAUGCCAUUUAUGAAAAAAAAGUAAAAUUUAACAAUCUCGCUUUUCUGCACACUGAUUUUUUUGGAACGAAAUUGUGUAAAAGUUUCAAUUCAACUGUGUUGUAAUAUCUUUAUUUUAUUUGGUAAUUUGAUUUACUGUGGAUCUACUCUGACAAUUUUAAAUUUUUCUUUUCUGCUAUUUCUAAUUUUACUGUUUUUAAUUUCACAAAUACACAAAGAUUUUUAAUUUUUUGAGUAUCUUUUUCUGACGAAAAUUCAAUAAAGGCUCCAAUACACACUA